AUGGCGGUCGCUGAAGAACUCGCCAUCCUCGUCCCCAGCGCCGCGGCGCUGGCGCCGGUGCCUGCGCCAGUGGCGCAAAUGGAAGUGCAGUUGGAAGACGAACAGCUGGAGGUGUUGCUUCGGGCCAGUCCGCAGUGGGUCGCGAAGACCAUCCGCCAACUGCUGCAACAGGAAUAUGCGCGGAGCUAUCGGAAUGUAGCGGGACAGAUCGACGCCUUUCGGCAGAUGAUGAGUGAGUUGGUGGACAUCAAUCAGACUGAGGAGGCGGCGGCCCUGCGAAGAGCCUGCAAGGAGAUGUUGUCCAAGCGCCGGGUGCAGACGCUGGGCAAUGCCGCCGAUGCCAUUUUUCGGGACAUCGACCAGAUGAAGCUCAGCAUUCACACGGGCGAGUACCAGCACCUCCAGAAGAUCGCCCAGCGAAUCCAGCAGAAAACCCGUCGCUUUCAGGAGAAGUUUCAGGAGCUACGACCCAAUCUCGAAGUCCUCCUGGGCCACGUGGAACGCGUGGCCAAGACAUGUGAGGAACAUGGGAAGGUCUCCGAGGAGCUCCUGCACUCGACCGAGGCACGCCGCAACUGGUGGUUUCAUCUGCUGGACCUCUUGGGCAAGAUCCUCACCGUGGGGAGCGGGGCCCUCCUUUUUGGCUCCUGUGGCUCACUGUGCUACCUGGGCAUUUGCUAUAACGCGAAGUCUGCAGCUUACAAGCUGGCGGAGGUCACCUACGGUGCGGCCAAGAAGAUGUUGGCACACCAGGCGGCCACCACCCAAGCCGUGGCGGAGCGCGCGGCCGCCGCCAAGGCCGCCGCCGCGACGAAGGCGGCGGAGGUGGUGCAUCAGGCACAUGGGCUGCAGGCAGCCACUGGCAGCGAGGCUGCGACGGCCGCGGCCAGCGGGCACGGUGGACCAAAAGCCGUGCUGGGGGUGUUGGCGAUCUCCGGUGUGGUGGAUGCCUUCCUCAUGCACUGCCUCGACAUGGCCACGGCCGCCUCGGAUGCCGCCGGCGCCGCGGCGUCCGCCGCCGCCAGUGCCUCCGGCUCAGCGCAUGUGGCGCUGAGCGCGGCGGCGGCACAGGCGGCGCAGGCUGGAGCGAACAUGGAGGCGCUGCAGGCCUCCAUGAGCACCUUGUCCACCUCGAUGCUGUCGGUGGCACCGAUCGCCGCCUUCAGCGGAGUGAUCUUGGCGCUGUGCCUCGUGGGCUUUGCCGGGCGGAAGAUGCUCAAGCAACUCUUGGGGCGCUUGUGGGCUCAAGAGAUCAAGGAGCACCAGCAGAGCCGGGAGAUGUUCCAGAAGAUGGCGAGCAAGUUGCGCCAGGCCGCCAGCGACCUCAAGUGCGCCCGGGACUGCAGUGAGAAGCUGGAGGAGGCCUUUGAGGUGGUUGCGGAAGCAGCGGAGGAGCUGUGUGGCAUGGCAGAGGACGCGGAACUCAUCGAGUGUGACUACGACCUGGACGACAUGAACGCGAAGCUGCAGGAGCUCUUCGACGCGGCGGAGCGGGCGGUGCCGGCCUUCGGCGAGCUGCAGAAGGCGCUGCUGGCGCUCGACGAGGUGCAAUUCCUGGCGCACGAGCCGGAGCCCCAUGCGGUCGAGAGCGAGCUGCACAUGCUCAGCGCAGCGUCAGCGCCAGCGGCGGGCGAGGAGCAGAACAUUCCGCUGGUCACGGAGAUUGAGGAGUCAGAGCCGGAACAGCAGGAGAGUCCUCCAGAGGAAAAGCACGGUGAGCUGCCGGAUAUCGAGGAGCUGCUGGUGGAGGGUUGGACCCUGGUGGCGUGUGACGAGCCGCGAGCGGAGGUCUCGCGAGCGGAGGUCUCGCGCUCUCCGCAGCGGGUGGCGACGUCAGUGACGUUGGCACAGCGGGUUCCUUCAGGCCUUCCUUCCGUGCUCCUGGCGGACGGAGCGCCGCGCGGACCGCUCUGCAGCGCGGCGCCGCCCACGUGGACCGUGCCGCGCCCGCUGCGGAACCUUCCGUGGCAGGUGGCGGCCUUGGAGGAACAGCGGAAGCAGACUCCCAUGCAGAACGCGUCGGAGCUGCGGAUGGUGCAGCGCAGUCACCAAGCAUGGUGA